GAGUAUUUAUCCACCACGCUCACGGUCAAUCCAUCAAUAGCCAAAAGUUUUAUUUCGUAGAAACUACAACUACCCUUCCUUCCGUGGCAGUUAUUCUGAAUGACGAGCUCCAAUAACGCUGCCACUUUGACUCAAGCUGAGUACGCUGCCAUAUGGGAGCGCGUCGACUACAAUGGCAACGGUCUUUUGUCCCUGGCAGAACUCGACAAAGCCGUGGUGGAGAUUUGGCCCAAUCUGAAUCACAAGCCUGCCAUUAUGCGGGCUUACAAGGCCGCCGACAAAAAUGACGAUGGUUUCAUAAAGAAGAACGAGUUCCGCUUCUUCGUGCGCUUCAUUCACUACUACAAUGAAUUGUGGACGAAGUUUGAAUCGAUCGACGAUGAUGGGGAUCGUCGAUUGACCAAAUCAGAAUUCCAACAAGCAGCUACAAUGGUAGGUUUGGAUGAUCCCGAUGCUGUCUUUGAAGAAAUAGACUCCAACGACGGUGGUGUAGUUCUGUUCGAUGAGUUCUGUUCCUGGAUGGCCAAGCGGGAAAACAACACUGAGUAGAAAAGACGGACCAGCUCGAACUAGCUGAGGAACAUUCUACACGACCGGGAACAUCUAGGAAGUUGAAUUUGGUGUGUUAGCGGAGUUACGUUGCGUUUAGCACACACCAUACGCAUACUCUCCAGUAAUUCCAAAAAUUGUGUAUCUAUUAUUAUUAUUAUUAUUAUUCACAUGGACUGGCUUGGGCAUGCUUCAUUCCUGUAGACGACUGGCUCAACACGCCAUUAAAUUGGGGCAGCGAAGCGGCUGCACUCAUCAACACUUCCGGCUGGGUCAGGGCAAUUGGCUGAAUUGAUGGUUUUACCGAGUCAACGUCGAUGGAAUGUACCUCGGCCGCUGUUUCUAUUUGUAUGUCGGCCGAUAACUCCACCACAGUCAUCAACUUAACAGCGUCACUCCAUUCUCCGGUGGACGCGACGGCUGCCGAAGCCUCUAAGGUACUCUUGCCCAACACUUCUAUGUCCAUCGGCUCGUUCGUCUCGGUUGUCGAAAUCCCACUUUCAAUAGCCUCGACCUUCUCAGCGGACCUCUCAGCAGUUUUGACCUUUUCGAUUCCCAUCUCUCCGCCGUGCGACUUUGCAUUCGCAACAGCCAGUUUUUUGUUGCUGGACGCUUCCGACUGCAUUCUUUUCUUACCAUUUCCAACUUCCACGUAAUUUCCUUCACAUUCUGCGGCGCUUGCGCUAUGGUCAAUAUUCAAUGCAUUUUUCACAGCAGGCUGGUUUGUGGUGGCUGGUACAUUGGCCGAUCCUGUGACAGUUUCCAACCGUUUCCUAUUCGGUAGGCUUCCAAUACCAACACCGUCCGUAUCUAUCAUUCCCGAACUCUCUGAGGAUACACUUGUCCAAUUUAGCGAUAUUUGGUCUUUCCUCAUACCCCUGUCCGUAGCAAAUUCCGUCGCAAUUGGAACCUGAACUGACGAAAAAACGAGGGCCGGAACAAGGUCAACCUGUGGUGUGGCUACAAGGGAAGAAUGGACAGCCGGAGCAUGAAUCGUCACACAAGAUUCACCAUCCAUAUGCUGUACGGUUUCCAUUAUCGAGGCGGGCUUCGAUUCUAGAACUACAUGUACUUCGGUUUGAGGGGGUCGUGGUGCAGAUGCCGUUGUCUGGCUAUUUGAAAAACCAAACUCCUUCCAUUCAAGACUCGCUUCCGGAAUGAGAGAACAAUCUUGCCCUAGCGCUUCGACAGCAUUGGUAGAAUGGGCGAGUCCAAAAGGAGGCCACAUUUCUUCAGGAUUAGGCGCCUUCGAAGAUACAUCGUCGUCAUCUGAUGCAUCAUCAACGUCAACGUCGAACGUAUCGUGGAACUUGUCCAGCUUGAGCGCACAAAGAUCCGGUACCUUCCCUGCGCAUAAAGGACACUUCCAUUCGUCCAGCGAAUCCGAAUCUUUCUUGUCCACACCAACACACGAACCGUGAAACCAACAUUCGCACUUAUCACAACUCAGCAUGAACCGCCCAUCACUAGGUCCACCGCAAAGGCAAUGACGUGCGCCCUCGUCCUCUAUGAUGGUCAGAAGACGAGGUUCCAGCGUCAUCGCUAGUGGAAUAUCGUCGCCUGCGAUGGCCAGAUCCUUUAGCGUGUUUAGGCUAAAAGCUUUUGUUUCUCCCGGUACAGGAGCAACAGCUUUGCAUACUUUAUCAUUCCACGUGACUGCCCUCUGUAACAUCUGUUUCAUCAUUCGCAAUCCCUUCUCGUCCGGUAAAUGGAGACGGGAACCCUGUUCAAUCAAUGCUUUCACUUCUGAAACCUGUGGUUGACGAGCGAGAAUUGCAGUCGCCCUGAUACUCCAACAUAAACACAUGAACGAAUUGAUGAUUUCCUCAACAUCUUUGAGGCUGAGAAGACCUCGAUCUUUCGCUUCAUCUAGAAGUAGGACCAUUGCAGGUGAUAAGGUUCCGUCUAAGCCUGGCCGGCCCCUGUCCGCUCGCUCUGAUGUCGCUGGCACGAGCACGAGACUGCGCACACGAAUACACCAAGUUUUCAAAGCCAACACAUGUGCAUCUUCAAAUGAUUCUUGUUCUUUACGCCUCAAAGCCAAUUCAUGCAACCCGACAAGACGAGAUCGGGAUCGCUCCAGUGCCCGACGAGCCUUUUCAAUCUUUGCUACAAGGGUUUCCUUGGUCUCCGUUCUCAGCUUACUAUCUGAUAUCUGACCAACACUACCCGGCGCUGUGUUACUCUCGUUUCUAGUGUUUUCACCACAUUGCUCGGCAUCAAUUGUAAUGCUAGAGCCGUCGCUUGUCUUGUUAGCAUUCUCGAGAUUGCUUUUUGUAAGGUCCUUUGCCUCCGUCGAUAUAGCGUCAUCCGAAUGCCCUAAAUUACAAAGGAUGUCUCCAGACUCACCCUCUCUCGUUUCGCAUCUGGGCAGUCCCUCGACACUGGUAUUUGGCUGGUUUUCCAGAGAGCGUAGCUGCUCUUCAAGAGCUUCGCACUCCUUCUCAAAUUUUUCCGAGUCCUUCAUUUCUUUUCGAACCUUCCGCUGAUGCUUUUGAGCAAUAGUC